AUGGAAGAGCCAACCUACGAUCCGAAUCGUCCCAUGCCAACCAUCAAAGUUGUCUACUCGUACAAACUCACCAACUGCCCUGGAAAGACAAUCGUUGGCCUGCGCGUAGAGUUUCUUCCAAAUGGAUCAACUCCUCCUCAUCGACACGGCGGCGCCUCAGUCUCGGCCUACGUCGUGGACGGCACUCUUCUGAACAAAAUGAACGACGACCCGAUGAAGGUGAUCCAGGCAGGGGGUUCGUGGUAUGAAGCCCCCGGUUGCCAUCACCGUAUCAGCGACAAUGCUAGUCCUACGAAGCCAGCCACGCUGAUGGCUGUUUUGAUCUUGGAUUCGGAGGUAUAUGAGCGUGAGGGAAUGGGGGCAUUGAUUCAGAUCGACGAGAAGUAUAGACGCAUUUAG